ACUUGAUGCAAUUGCUGGUGCCCCCUGACAUUGCUGCUUGGUUCUUGCUCCCACGACCUUCAACCCUCCCCCUAAUCCUGAGCACGAGCAGCGGGCGGCCAUGGCAGAGCUCGGCGGCAUGCUUGCGGCUGUCAUCCUCAAGGUGGUGGGCGACCAGAUUGGUUCUGCGAUCAAAGCUGAGAUCACGUUGCAGAAUAACUUUGACAAGGAGCUGAAGAAGAUGCAGAUGGCUCUGGAGUCUGUCGAGGCUGUACUCAAGGUCGCCGAGAGGCAAUCCAUCACUGAUGAACCAACCCAAUUAUGGCUGAAGCGGCUUAAGGGCGCCAUGUAUGUCAUCUCGGACAUGAUUGAUGAGUUCGAGGCUGAUACACAAGCCAUCACCCAGCCAUCUGCGCGGAAGUUCUCUUUCAAAAAAUAUUGGGCAACUAUGAUCCCUUGUCUCACAGUUGGUCCAAAAAUUACAAUGGCCAAUAAGAUGGAGAAGACGAGGGAGGAUUUGGAAGUGAUAACAGAUCAACACGAUAAAUUCAAAUUAACAGAAGGCACUAGUGCCAAUUACACGAAGGUUACAGAUAUAUGGGAAACCACGUCAACCGUAGAGACACAGAUUGUUGGGAGGACUGAAGAUAAAGAUGAAAUAUUGGCUUCCUUAUCAGAGAGGAUGACUGAAGAGAUCACAAUUCUUUCCAUUUGUGGAAUUGGAGGCCUUGGUAAGUCAACAAUGGCAAAAAUGGUUUGCAAUAGUUCCCAGUUCAAAGAAUACUCUCAGGUGUGGGUUUAUGUGUCCCAGAAAUUUGAUCUAAAGAAAAUUGGAAAUUCUAUAAUAUCACAACUAUUAGAGAAAGAGAAGGAGAGUGGGUACACUAGAAUGGAGAUGAUACAUAAAUCCCUUCAAAAGCUACUCACUGACAAGAAGAUUCUGAUUGUUUUAGAUGACCUGUGGGAGGGUGAGGAAUUUCCUUUGGAAAGCCUGAUGGACAUGCUAAGGGUCGGCAAGGGCGGUAAUGUGGUUGUUAUUGUAACGACACGUGAUGAGAGCAUUGCAAAGAAAAUCUCUACCAUCAAACCAUACAAAUUAGCACCAUUGAGUGAUGACAUGUGUUGGUCCAUAAUAAAGCAAAAGAGUGCAUUUGAAUCUAGAGGCGACAAAGAACAAUUAGAGAAAAUAGGGAAAGUCAUUGCACUCAAGUGUGGUGGUGUGGCUCUAGCAGCUAAAGCACUUGGACACAUGCUACAAUCUAUGAAGUUUAGUGAAUGGGAAAAUGUGAGAGAUAGCAAUAUUUGGACUGUAUCUACUUUGGAAGAUACAUCUUCCAUACAAGUGCUUGCAUCUCUGAAGUUAAGCUAUAGUGUUAUGCCUUCAUGUUUGAAGCUCUGCUUUGCAUAUUGCGCAAUAUUUCCAAAAGGUCACAAGAUAAUUAAAGAUGAUCUUAUUCACCAGUGGGUUUCUCUUGGUUUCUCUACUUGGCAGCUCGGUGAGAGAUACAUUAGUCAGCUUUUGGGACUCUCUUUUCUUGAACAUUUGAAGUCACCAUCGACUAUCGAACUAUAUGAUGAAGAUAUGACAUUGUUGACCAUGCAUGACCUGGUGCACGAUUUAGCAAGAUCAGUCAUGGACGAUGAAAUACUUGUCGUUGGCAAAUGCGUCAACGUUCAGGGCAGAUGCUACCACUAUGCAUUGCUCGAUGAUUGUAGUAAGCCAUUGGGCUUGGAGUCAUCCAAGAUAAGGGCACUUCAUUUUGCGGACUGUGACAAAAUUAAACUUCAUGAUGCAGCAUUUUCAUCUGCUAAGUCCCUUCGUGUUCUGGACUUAAGCGAGUGCUCCAUACAUAACUUGCCAUAUUCUAUUGGUGUCUUGAAGCAGUUGAGGUAUCUUAAUGCUCCUAGAGUCCAAGAUGCAAUCAUUCCCAAUAGUAUCACCAGGCUCUCAAAGUUAAUGUACCUCAGCCUUCAUGGUUCUUCUAGAAUUUUUUCUUUGGCAGAAUCAAUUGGAGAAAUCGAAGGUCUGGCGUAUCUUGAUUUAUCAGGUUGUUCUGGAAUUGAAAAAUUGCCAGAAUCAUUUGGGAGGCUAAAAGAAUUAGUGCAUCUAGAUUUUUCAAAUUGCUCUUGUGUUGGAGGUAUAUCUGGCAUUCUUGUGCAGCCUCACACAACUGAAAUAUUUGAAUUUAUCAUACUGCCCAAAUAUUGGGGAGCUACCAGAAGCUCUGGGCGGAUUAUCCGAACUGCAGUAUUUGAACCUGUCAUUCAGCUCAUAUCUUGAAUAUUGCGAAGAAGCAGAAGUUCUGGGGGGGGCUCACUAAACUCGAGUAUUUGAACUUAUCUUCUGAGUAUUGUCAUCUCGAAAAGCUCCCAGAAGCUUUGA